UGUGUGUGUGUGUGUGUGUGUGUGUGUGUGUGUGUGUGUGUGUGUGUGUGUGUGUGUGUGUGUGUGUGGGAGAGUGAGAGGGAGAGGGAGUGUGAGAGUGGAGCGCACCAUAGAACAUGACUAUGAAAAGUUCAAAACGCAGUGACGUAAUAUAACCUGUUGUAAUGCAUGACACAUCAUGAUACUCCCCUCUCUGUAUUGAGAUUUUUUUUAUCUGAAUACAUUUUGUCACCACACUAAAAACCAACACUGACAAAGUGCCAACGAUAUGAUGAAUAAUUGGAUUAAUUUAAAAACAUUUAUGUAAAAACAAAAAAAACAUCAUAGCAUUAAAAAUACUUUUGGAUUUGUAAUUAUUGGAAAUUUGACGUUUAACUGGAAUAAUAUUGGAACAAAAACUUGAAUCUUGAGAAGGUGAAAUGAAAAUGUUUUGUUUUGAAGAUUAAUUGAAUCUUCAGUGUACAGAUUGAUAUUCAUGUUUGCCAACUUUGUGAAUGCAGUCAUUGAAACUCCGUCUCUACCAAUGUUGUGUGCAUCAUUACUCAGUUGUGGCAAAGUUCCAUUUAUACUACUGCAUAAAUACAUAGUUGAUUGUUUACUUGACACAUAACCAUGAGUUAUUCUCAAUCAAGAUGUCUUAUUUAAAAUUUAACUGACUGGAAUCAGAAUCCCUACAUCACUGCCAGAACGACAAAGUGGUUCUGACAGAACUACAUUUUGAUCCCUGUGUGUUGUGUUACAAAUCUUUGUCUCAUGCUUAUUUAGAUCAAGCACAUUUGUAAUAUAUGUGAUUACCUACAUUCUCUUGCAUAAAUUGUCUUUGAAAAAUGAAUGAUAUGAGACUAAUCAGGUAGGACUUUGUUGAUGUGAUGUUGCUUGAAUUUAACAUAAGAUGUAAGGACUGAUGGACACAUGAUGUGUAUACAAAAUGUCAAGUGAGAGUUGAAGUUUUGUGUUACAGUUCAAUGUAAAGCUUUCUAAAAUAUCUAUAAAACCCUUGAAUUUCCUGUACCUGCUUGCUUGAUUGGUCAUUGGUUUUGCUACUUCUCACUAAUGGGAUUUGUGUGGGGUGGGCGGUAGUAGUCUGGAAACUAAGUUAUUUCUUGGUGCACUUUGCACCGCACUGUGCAAGUAGUAUUCAGACUUCUUAAUUUCUCAGCCAUGAUGAAAUCUGAGCCCAUGGAACCUUUUUUGUCUUUCAAGUGAAAUGUUUGUAAAUCCACCAGAGGGAGUGCUGUACUCCACAGAUUCAAAAUUGUUAAAAGCAUUUUCAGAAAGACCGCACUACCUGCUUUCCUUGGGAGCUGCACUUUUCUUUUUUUAGGGACAUUUAUCGGGAUGCUUGUGUCUGGCUCAGUCCACACAUAACUCCGUUAGACACGGGAGGCAAGACUUGUUGCAAUAUGGAUUUUUAAAACGUCAUUAGUAAAAGAAGAGGAAGAGCCAGAAAACAAAGGUGAGUGGGCAGUCAGGUGAAGAUGACUGCCAACAAGAACACCAAGGCUGCACCCAGAACAGGAGUGGGUAAGGACACUCAGAAGAUCCCAGAGAGGUGCCAGUCUGUUUCCCCUCCUCCCACUCUCUUCUCUUGCAAGGACCAGUGCCAUUCCUCAUUCAACGAUUGCGAGGACUCUGCUCCGCUGUCCAGGUACACCAAAGCAGACCGCAAACUCCUGAGCCAGCGGAACUGGAGCCAGAAGACCGCCAGCCUCCGCAGCGGUGCCUCUCUCUCCGCGGACUUUGAGUCCCAGAGCCGACUCAUCAAGGCCAAGAGCAUCAGCUGCCUGGACAAGAGGCUCUCCAUCUUCAAACCCAGCCAGAACGACGACGGAGCAGGUCAGGAGCAGAAGGAGAACCAGCAGCUGCCCGAGGUCAGCCAGGCUAAAAAGGGUCUUAGCGCGGGGCCUCUGAGCUGGAGCACACUCUCCCUGGGGCCCGGCUUCUCCUCCACCUCCUCUGCCACCAACCACAGCCACAAGCGCACCCUCUCGCUCAGCUGCACGGGCGUAGGGCCCCCUUCUGCCGCUAUCCGCAAGAAGAUCUCAGAAUGGGAGUGCCGGCGAGUGGCUCUUCCUAGGAUGAGCCUGUGUCUGGAGAAAAGGCCCGGCAGCGAGUGCGUGGGAGGCAGUGGGGACGGCCUUCUACCUUCGCCCUGCAGUGAGAAGACCUUCGACUUCAAGGGCGUGCGGAGGAUGAGCACCGCCUUCUCGGAGUGCUCCUACCCAGAAACAGAGGAAGACGAGGCGGUGGCAUCGGACAGGGAGUCCGCGGGCCGCUUCCAGAAGAAGCAGGGGAAGACCGAAGCGUCUGGUGUCUUUCUGCGCUCCCUGACGGCGCGCAAGGAAACCUCCGCCGUCCUCACCCGGAUACAGAAAAUUGAGCAGGCGCUGAAGGACAGUCCUACUCCGUCUCCGCCCCAGUAUCUUAGCAAUUGCUACGGACAGGACAAGGGACGACAUAAGUCGUUCUCCAUCGGUGGCCUUGAGGACUCUGACAGUGCCUGUGCCAGUAAGCGGAGCAGUAUUUGCUCCAUUGCUACAGAGUCUGACUUCUCGCCAGCCUCGAGCAGGCUCUCCAAGCUCAGGCAGAGGUUCAGCAUCUGCUCCACCCGAUCCGAGAGCCCUGAGCCCCCAGCUGCCAGUCCCGGUGGCACGCCGGUCAACCCCUUGCCCAAACCUAAACGCACCUUUGAGUAUGAUGCCAACCGCAAUCACAAAGGCACAACUCCCAGCAACGGACUACCUCCCUCAUGUGAGUCCCCGCCCCCGCUGCCCUCCACUCCAGCCCCCUCCCUGACACGGAAUCCAAAGACUGAUGGAGGCUCCCCUAAGAAGACCAAGGAUAGGGGAUCGUACGAGUCCGAAGACGCCGCGAGCCUGGCCUCCUCCCACCCUUCUUCGCCCACUGAGAAUGGCACGGCCUCCAGGGGCACUCCCAUUCGCCCCAGCUCUAAAAGCCCUUUAGAGGAAAACGCCUACGAGGACAUAGUGGAGUCUAUGAAGGAGAACCCGUAUGAAGAUGUGGAUCUGAAGGGACGGAUUUUGGGUCGAAGGUCUCGGGGGUCACUGAACCAGUUAUGGACCUCCCAAGACCGGAAGUUGUCUUCUCCUCCCCAGCUACCUUCUAAACCAAGCAGUCAGUCCUUACGGCUGCCGGGCCCUGCCGACAGGAAGAGCCACCGGACGUCCCGCCUGGCCAAGCGGCACAGCCACGAUGACAUGCUGCUCAUGCCACAGCUGGGUGGGUCUACUUCCACCUGUGGUCUGUUGGACGACAGCUUGAGCACCGCCAGUGACACCCUGGCAUGCCGUAGACAGAGGAGGGUCCCCAAGUUGGUGCAGAGGAUCAACUCCAUCUUCUCCAGCAAGAGAGGGAAGAAGAGGCUGAAGAAGCUCUCCCUGUCCAACAUUGAAACGUCAUCUCUGAGGGAUGACAAUAGUGAGAGUGAGAGCGACUCUGACGACAGGUUCAAAGCACACACCCAGAGGCUUCUGAAGCUGCAGUCUAUGCUGCGGCGGGCGCCCAGCUACCGCACCCUGGAGCUGCAGCUCCUUGAGUGGCAGGAGAGGGAGCUGUUUGAGUACUUUGUGGUGGUCUCCCUCAAGAAGAAGCCCACCAAGAGCUCCUACACUCCCGAGGUCACCUACCAGUUCCCCAAGCUAGAGAGGCCCACCAAGCUGAUGAGGGAGGCUGAGCAGAGACUCAAAGCCAUCCCUCAGUUCUGUUUCCCUGAUGCCAAAGACUGGAUCCCUGUGGCUGAGUACAGCAGUGAGACCUUCUCCUUCAUGCUGACUGGUGAAGAUGGCAGCAGGCGGUUUGGCUACUGCAGGCGACUCUUGCCGAGCGGGAAGGGGCCUCGCCUGCCAGAGGUCUACUGCGUCAUCAGCAGGCUAGGCUGUUUCGACCUGUUCUCCAAGAUCCUGGAUGAGGUGGAGAGGCGCAGGGACAUCUCGGCUGCUCUGGUGUACCCCUUCAUGAGGAGCCUGAUGGAGUCGCCUUUCCCCGCACCGGGGAAGACCAUCAAAGUCAAAACCUUCUUGCCUGGAGCAGGAAAUGAGGUGAUUGAGUUGCGGCGGCCCAUGGACUCUCGGCUGGAACACGUGGACUUUGACAGCCUGUUCGGCUGCCUGGGCGUGAGGCAGGUGGUGCGCGUGUUCGCCUCCCUGCUGCUGGAGCGGAGGGUGAUCUUCGUGGCGGACAAGCUCAGUACCCUGUCCAGUUGUGUGCAUGCAGUGGUGGCUCUCCUCUACCCUUUCUCCUGGCAGCACACCUUCAUCCCCGUGCUCCCUGCCUCCAUGGUGGACAUAGUCUGCUGUCCAACGCCCUUCCUGGUGGGCCUCCUCUCCAGCUCACUCCCCAAGCUCAAGGAGCUGCCUGUGGAGGAGGCUCUCAUGGUGGACCUGGGAACGGACCGUUUCAUCAAGCAGAUGGAUGACGAAGCCUCACUGUUACCGAGGAAACUUCAAGCUGCACUAGAACAAGCUUUGGAGCAAAGGAAUGACAUCAUCAAUCAGGACUCUGAUAGUGAUUCAGAUGAAGAAUGUAACUCCCUGAACAGUCUGGUGUCUGAGACCUUCAUCCGCUUCUUCCUGGAGACCAUCGGCCAUUACUCUCUGUUCAUGACCCAGGGCGAGCGAGGUGAGCGGGUUUUCCAGCGCGAGGCCUUCCGCAAGUCUGUGGCCUCCAAGAGCAUCCGCCGCUUCCUAGGUGUCUUCAUGGAGUCCCAGAUGUUUACCGGCUUCAUCCAGGACCGCGAGCUGAGAAAGUGCCGGGCGAAAGGUCUGUUCGAGCAAAGAGUGGAACAGUAUUUGGAAGAGUUACCAGACACAGAACAGAGUGGAGUCAAUAAGUUCCUGAAAGGAUUAGGGAACAAAAUGAAGUUCCUUCAUAAGAAGAAUUGAGAGACCAAUGUGCUGAAACCAAAAAAAAAAGAAAAGAAUGCUUCAAUCCUGCUUUUGAAGAAGUGAAGGACAUGAAACUGAUUGCUGCAAAUUUGUCAAAUGCUCUUUGCUGCAGGAAUUCAUCACUGUAUCUGUGCAAUUUUGAUGGACUUUAUUGUGUCAGAAUAUCUGCCAUUGUGGGGCCGUUACUUGACAAUAGAAACAGUUAAUUCGCUGAUAGUAUCGCAUGAUGGAUGAAAGCAGCUUCCCCCAUGAGUUUACUUUCUGUGCCUUACAUUCUGAUUGAAUGACAAGAAUGAUUUGUCAGACAAAGUACGUGCGUUUGUGUACAUAUUUCACUGUAAACUGGCUGUGAUAAUCUCAGUGUAGCGUGUUAUCUUUAGGUACCAUGUUUAUGAACUAGUGUUUCAGUAGGAUGGUACUGAGUGACUGUGCAUUAUUGUUUCUGAAUAACCACUGACGGUGAGUUUGAUACAUGUUGUGGAGCAGAUGUACAGAUGUCGAGUUUAGUUUUGUAUUUAACGUUAGGGUUAUUAACCUUUCAUGGAAAGGAAAUGUUGAAAGAAUAAGCAUCUUUGGAGCUUUUGUACAUGCAUUAACAUAUGAAGAAAAUUAUUGCUCAAGCCUUUCAAUGCUUUGUAAAAUGUUUUAAAAUAAAGCUUUUGAAUUAGAA